UGGCGCGAUAUGGGAAAUUGAGUGGAAAGUAGUUUGACAGCAGGAGAGCCGAGGAGAUUAUUAUCACCGUGUGGCUCUCCAUUUAUCCAGACAACAUGUUUUCUACCGAGCAGAGUUGUUGGUUCAUCCGCAAGGUGAUUUGCUGGAGAGCUGCGGCCAGUGUUGCCUGGGCUGUUCUGUUGUUGCCACCCAUCACAGCAGUGUUCAUCAUCCUCAGCAGGUUCAGUAUUCUCCACCCGAUCCAAACGAUAUCAGAAUGCUUGUCCCUGCUAAUAAGUGCGAGUGCCAUUUUCUCCUUCAUCCUGCUGUGUGGAGUGAUCCUCAUGGUGGGGUUCCUCAACCUGGAGUAUUACACAGUCAUCCCAACUAUUGCAUGCUCAAAAAUUGCCCUGUUGGGUCUGCUGCUCCACCCUCGUCAGUUUGUCAGCUCCCUGGUUCACUGUAUCAUGGGAAUGACUGUGGCUUGGUGUUGUGCCAUCACCAUUGGGGGCAGAUAUGAGAUGCUUGGCUUCCCAUGCACACAGAGUGAUGGUUCCCCUCAGAUGUGUCUGAAUGAGUAUCAGCUCAUCCUGCUGCUGGCUGGAGCCUUUGUUGGAUUUUCUCACAGUCUGCUGGGUGUGAUCCACAACAUGAACUAUAUCUCCUUCCACACUGUUCAGCAAUACAAAUACCUUCGCUUCAAGGGAUCCCUGCCUUUGGUGGUGAAGUGCAGCGCCACUCAAGCACUUUACUCUAUCAGGAACUACAUUGUUGUUUAUUUCUUUUUGGGAUACAUUCCAAGAGCAUGGAUCUGUAAAACAUUGAAUCUUCAUUUGAACAGCUCUGCCCACCCUCUGGACAGCAUAGCUGGACUGCUGGACCUCUCCCUGCUCUACCACCUGUGGAUCAGUGCCACCUUCCUCCUCUUUACAUGGUACAUCACACUGCUGCUCUUUAGGAUCUUUGUCACUGAGCAGGUAUACAGUUUUCCUGUGCAGUCAUCUUUUACUGAAGAUUCUCACCAGUGUCUUCCCAAAGUUGUUACAGACAAGCAGCCAAUGAUAUUAAAGUUCCUGGCUCUGCAGGACUUGGCUCUACUGUCCCAACACUCCCCAUCGCGACGUUGUGAGGUCUUCAGUCUUAGUCAGCCAGGUGGCCAUCCUCACAACUGGAACGCCAUCAGUAGGGAGUGUCUGUCUCUGCUGGGUGAUUUGACCCAGAGACUUGUAGCCUAUCAUGACACAGUAGCAACCAAUGGCAGGGCCAAAUCACUAUCUACUGGAAGUGAAAGGAAGACUUCAUCUGAGACAUCAGUAACCUCGGGUACAGAAGAUUUCAUGUCCCCAAGGCCCACUCUGCUGAUGAAAACUCCAGCUUCGGUCUUUGCCCGUUCUGUUGCUGGAGGCCCACAGAGCCCUAUGACGGCACCAUUCACUCCUGACCUGGACAGCCCCUUCGCCUCCCCGGCACUGCGGCGCCUCACUGCCCCAGUAGAACAGUGCUCACCGUGGCAUGGCACAGUGCAGAGCCCACACAUCAUGAGGAGAGCACCAAAGCUCUGGUCCACCUCCACAGACUCACAGGUUAAUGGCAGUUCCCCACCAUCCCCUGCCUCGGUUCCCAGUCCCAAGCAGGAACCUUCCAAACCAAGUCUGCUGGCUCAGUUCCUCCAGAACAGAAAAGAACAGGUUAAAAAUUUCUUGGCAAAGCGGGUGCUGAUAAUGUAUUUGUUUAACAAGCUUCCAGAAGCCUCCAGUCAGGCUCUCUUUGCUGACAGCCAGGCUCAUAUCUGGGCUUUAGAAGGGCUGUCUUAUCUUGUUCAAGCCUCCUUCUCAGAAGAUCAGUUUGGGGUGGUACAGACAACAUUACCCAGCAUUCUCAGCUGCAUGCUGGUCUUACAAGAGGCUGUAGAUCGCCACUUUAAACUGCCCCAUGCCUCCAGUAAGCCCGUCAGGUCCACCAGCAGCAUGGGAGACUCGACUUACAAGACACUGCGCUUUGCUCUCAGGGCCACACUUAAGACGGCCAUCUACAGGAUAACAACCACCUUUGGUGACCACUUAAAUGCUGUUCAGAUGUCUGCAGAGCACCGGAAAAGACUGCAGCAGUUUCUGGAAUACAAAGAAUAACACGGCUGACAUUUGGCUCCUGUGCCUGCUUAAAGCGAGGCAACAAGUGAAAGCCCACGAUAGUGCCUCUUUUAAUAUUUAAAGCCUGCACUGCGUUGUGGAGGAUUGUAUUUGAUAGGCUAGAUCACAUUUGUACAUGCAUGAGGUGGGGUCAGGACUCCAGCUGACAGCACCAGGCUCACCUCCUGUGUUUGGGAGAUUUAAACGUGCUGACCGCCUGGAUUAGCAGCUCAUUCCAAAAGAUGUUUCACAAAAUAAUAUCACAAUAUUAUAUUUGAUUAUUGUCGAUUGGGAUGAGUUGUGAAGGGCUGUUUUUUUUACUGCAUUAUGUACAAGCUGUUGUGGUUUCAUACUGAAUUAUAACUUUGUGAUUUCAAAGCAUUUUGUAUCGAGUGAGAUGAGUGAAACAAACGGCACAAAUUGUAAAGUAGCCUGCAGGAAUGUGCUCUGUGUUGUGAGAUGUCGUCCGUUCACAGGUGUCUGAAAAUGUGUUUUCUUGAAUGUGGUUUACAGCUGUGCAUAUCAGUUCAGGUUCUCUAACCAGAACACACACCAAAAUUAGAUUUACAAAUCAGACAUCUGUUCGUGCGUGUUAACAGUUUGUUUUUGACAGUUUUGUUCGUGUGAAAUGAGGCUGUCACUUACAUCAGAUCAAGAUGGUGAUAGUAUUUGGUGUGACUGGUUAAAGUUGCGGGUAAAUGUUUUGUCGCUGCCAACAUGAGUUUGAGUUUUCACUCAAGAGACCUGUUGAAUAAAAGAUUAUUUGUAAAGAUCA